CGAAAGACAAUCCCUGUUGCAGCCAGCAGCUAGCCUAGCUGAUCAUUUACCUAAACAAAAAUUAAAGUUUAGAUAACUUUUGAUUCACGAUAUAUAUAGAGAUGGCAGUAAUGCUGAUUUAGAUUUCCACACCAAAAGCAUGCCAUGGUUGUUGCAUCAAUGGCAUUAGUUCCAAGUUCCGAAGGGACUGAAGAAGAGAACUGCAAUCCCCUGUCAAUGAUAGCAUCAAACCCAACUCAACGUGAAUCUGGACAAUUGGAGCAACCAGGAAGCUGUAAUGAUGAAAAACAAUGUGUAAAAGACAAUAAAAAUUGUAUGUCUAUAUUUAAUAAAGGAGGUUUAAAAGAAGAACAACAAUUAAAAAGGUUGGUUUCAUUGCAACUUGAUUUAAUUGAACAUCAACAAUCCAGCAUAAUGCGAAAAGAUCGACAAAUAAUCUCUCUUAAAUCAGAGAAAGAUCAGUUGGAGGCACGACUUGGUCGUAUGGAAAGAAGGCUGGCUUUGCAAAAACGACAUUCAUUAGAUCCAGAUGAGUUUCAAAUAAAGUCAAAAUCUUCAGGAGCUGGGGCUAGGAUCUCCACUCCGACAUCUUACUCAAGUAAAAAUCCAACGUUAACAGAAGCCGAGAAAAAUGCACCAGCCUUACCUGUAAAUGUCAACUCUCGUUCAGAUCGCAAUUUCAGAUUCGGCAGCUAUCUAAGGACAAAUAAAGCAUUUCUUCACAUGUCAACAAAGCUUAACCUAAAAGUUGAUGAUAUUGUUGUUAAAGAUGAAGAAACAGAAAAAUCUGUUGUUUCUGUUCCACCAUGGAAACUUGUUGCACAUCAGGAUAAACCCGUCAUAACAGGUGGUAACGAAGAGGAUAUAUCAAACGAGGCCUUUGCCAGACGUCAUUUAAAGCCAGAGACAGAAGAGAAGAGGAGAAAAAGAUGGGAUUUACAACAUUUAAGACAGCAACGUCAUCAUGAAAUGCUUUCUCGUAAAUACAAUGAAAGACAAGUUAAUAAGACACAAGCAAAGACAGCCUCCAACAAUUCAGUUUCAAAUACAUUGGCUCGAGAUCCCUCAAAUAUAAUGGCAAUUGAAAUAAGUGACAUUGUUCCAGUAUGUGCAUUUGGUCGACCACUUCCUGCAGUGGAAGUCAAGGAAAUGGAAUUACCAUGGUUUAGCAUAGCAAAGCGUGAAGUUCAACUUCGCAGUUCAAAAGAAAGAGUGUCAAAACGAUUAAAAACAAGCCAUAAAAAGGGCCCUCUUAAAAAACAAAGUGUUAUUAAAUGAAGGUGGAACUGAAGAAAUGUUAAUGUCAUUGUGACUGACAUGUAUUAAAACACCAACCUUUGCUUCUUCCUGCGAACACCAUGAAAUAAACGCGAAGCUAGACACACGUGUAACUUGCUGUAUUAUAACCUGCAUAAAAAACUCAAAAUCCCAAAAUAUGUUUAUAUUGUAAAUUUCUAUGUAUGAAAACUGAUAUUGUAUGUUGCUGAUCAUCUACGUUUUGUAAACAUGAUGAACCGACAUAAAA